AUGCUUGACCUCUCUGCUCGUGUUGUAUAUCAACACCCUCAUCCACUGCUCUCCCGUCUAGUUUGCUUGUGGGUGGGCAAACGCCGCUGGACUCAAAAGAGGGCUCAUUUUAAACGAGCUAUUGCCAAGGCCAGCAAACAACGGUGCUUCACUGCCAAAGCAGAACGGGAAAACAACUGGAGAGUUACAGGAGGAUCCAUUGGUGCUAUAAUCUCUGGCCUUGAAUGGAAGCGCCUCCGCAGAAUUCUAGGGCUCAAUGCACGGGGAGAACAGCUACUUUUCCGCAAUAGGCAUGGGGCUCUCUCGACUUGGAAUCCGAUCACACAAGUCCCCGGAUGGGCUCUCCUGAAGCAGAGCUCCGUUUUCCUGAAAGCUGUUUUUUAUAAAAUGAAAUGA